AUGCCAGCACAAGCUGUCCCGAUACAACGAUGGGAUCCCGACUACACCGCUGUCCUUGAUGGAAUAGAGAGGUUGGAGGUUAUGUUACGGCAUAGAGACCAUACACCGAUAGCAGAGACUGAUCUCCGGCAGCGCAUUGAAGGCUGCAAAUUAUCAUUGGAGCAGCAAAGAAAGCCAAUCCAUAAAAUUUUGGAAGACGUGGAGUUAGCUCUACGUCAGGCCCCAUUUCUCUAUCACCUGGAAUUACGGAAGAUUGUGGUAAUAUCCAACGCAAUACGAACCCUAUCCUAUUAUUCUCAACCGGACGGGAAUGGCCAACGGGCUCCAUAUCAGUAUGAGGAGUUUGGGGAUGUGUUUCGGCCACUGACCGAGGCUCUACGUUGCGAACACUGUUUUCCAGACGCCGCGUACAAUCAAAUUGACCCCGACACAUGGAAUCAAUACUCUUGGCCCUAUAUUGGUGCACUUCUUAAAGAGCACGCCAUCUCAGAGCUUCCUCGUUGGUACCAUCCGCCAACAGACGAAGAAGCUGCCAUUGUGGAUAGCCUUAAAGCGGUCUGCGAUCGAGUUAACAUAAGCUUCGAGACCGUUGCCUGGCAGAUUGUCAACUAUCACUCGUACCAGGAAACUCUUUGGGGGCCACAACAGGCACUGCGGACGGGAAACUGGGAAGUGCUCUUGGAAAGGAUCAAAGGGGCGUUGGCAGAACUUCGGUUGCUCAUGAAGCCCGGCGGAGGCAGAAGCUGGGAGGUGAAGCUUGCGGCCGAGUCCCUUCUCGAGGGUGUGCAAGCCGCGCUCUUGAAGUGGUUUAUCCCCCAGGAUUUGCUGAAGUGCUUUGAUUUGAGCGACGCUGCAAAAGAGCACAGCCAGCGGGUGCUAGACAAUCCAGAUGGGCAUUUCUCACCCCUCAUGGAGUUUAUUUGCCAGAGAAGGCCUCCUGGGUGGUUUCCAGAGACCCCAAAGGAAGAAUUGCUUUUGGACUUGAUGGGCCGUUUUGAACCAGAUGUCAAGCCCCCAUUCUUCUUACCAGCUGAUCGAUGCUGUUCGCCAGCCCGGAUCGAUAUGGAGCCCAUCCUAGGGCAUGUGCUGGCGGCGGACCAAAUCAUCUCUCACAAGAGAAUCCACGCGAUUCUUGAAACAUACCACUACAUGGCACGUAUUGCCGAUAGUCAACAUCCACUUGCCCCUGCUGCCAUUGAGGAUAUAAGUCUGACGCUACUAAUGUCCAUACUUAACCCUUCGCUAUAUCGUAGCUCAUUCCUGGAAGAUCUUCCCAGAUUCGCGAGGCUAAGUCCUGCAGAAUUAGCACAGCAUCAUCUUGUUCGUUUACCCCAUAGAGGUCUUGCUUCAACGGCCGACUUUGACGGGUUCUUCCCUAUUAGCAUGGGCCGAUAUGAAGUGCCCGUCCAUGCCGCGGAAAUUGUGGCGGAAAUUGUGGCUAGUCUCAAUAAUGGAGACGAGGAAGUUCUACGGUUCCAUGGGCUGGACACCAAUGCCGAGGGCUUUAUGCCCUUGUAUAGUGAGGAAUCAAUGUCGUCUCUCGUUCCCCUUCUACGCGGUAUUCUCAAUUUUCACCUCUUGUCUCGCUCGUCCGAGAGGCUCCAAGACCCCCUUCGGCUCGUGGAUCUGACACUCUCGCUGUAUACUCUGGUCCGUAGGAACAACUUCGAAUUGUUGCUGGAUUCCGUUAUUUUCACGCCUAAGGCCAUUUAUAACGGCGCUGGCAAGGACGAGCACAGCCUAAAUGUCGUUGGCCUUACUCGACGCCUUGGUUUGGGUAUCGUGGCGCUGAACCGAGAGGAUGAGGGGUUUCCUACUACUUCGUCUAGCUGA